AUACCAGAGCUUGUCGCCCAACGCACCUACACCCUAUGGUUACAUGAUCAGCUUGAUCUUAGUAACAUGUUGCAGCCGUUAAACCCACACUCCGGAACAGUAGAAUUGACACUACCGUUGAUUGAAGUCCGUAACCCGUUCGGCGUGAAUGUUCGAAAGAUUUUCCAAUACAAAAAUAUCGACUACAGCAACGAGCUCGGUCACGGAUGGUCAUUUCCGCUGGACGCCAUUAUGGUCGAUCGCACCACAAGCGCUUUCAGUGAGGAUCAUGUUUAUUCGCUUGUUAAGGAUAACCAACGUAUCAUACUAACUCGCUUGCAUGGCCAGACAGAGCAAAAUGAUGAGAUCGGUUUUGAAAUAGAAGGAUACGACGAAAUGAAGAUUCAUUAUCAACAGGAAACGAACCAAUGGAAUGUGACGAUCGACCAGCGCACUCUGAUAUACAGUGUGAUUAACAACUAUCAGAUGCUAAACGUUUGCAUAAUGUGGCCUCUUUGCGGUACUAACUCAACGAAGGAGGUACCGCAUCAUACUAUUUGGUACUUGACUACGGAAUACGAUCACAGCGGGCAAGGUAAGGCACGCUAUGACUACGAAAUUGUAAAGAAUGAAACUGAUAUACGACUUAGCAAAAUAACGCUGCAGGAUGAUUCGACGGUGGAAAUGGUAUACGAUCAUGGUCGCGUUCACAAAUUUUCCGUCAAAACUGCCAAAUACAAACAGUUUGUUCACAUCCACUAUACUGCCGACAACAGACAGCUGCGAGCAAUUACGCAAAGUGAUCGCCCUCUUUUCGACUUUAAGUACGAUCGUGAUAAUCGCCUAUCGAAAAUGGUACUCCCAAACGGAGCGGUAUGGAUACCGAACUACAUCGAUUUACCGAUCGAUCCGUCAGCGCUACAAAAACGCUUCGCCAUCAAUCACGAAGCAUCGAUUUUCUACGGACCGGACUAUAUGGUGAUCGUGGAUGCAAACCAUGUCCGCGGAAAGCUAGAGUUGCACAUACGCGACCCUGUGGGUGCGCUGCAUGAACCGAAGAUGAAUCAAACCAUUAGCGUGAUCGUCGAGCCAAACUUCAAAAAUCACAUCGUACACGCAAUUGAGUGUCUGGUGGUGGUCAACGUGGUGUAUAGUACGCAUAAGGUCGUGACGGUCAUACAGUACUCCGAUCAGAGAUGGGUACAACGGCAGUACUAUGAGAACAAUCCUCUGGAGGGCAUGGUAGUGACAGGGAAUAGGUUUGUCCUUAUAUCAGACACCAAACAAUUGCACGUGUUGUCCGUUAACGAGACUGGUGCGUAUCAGGAUGCCAUCGUACGUACGAAGCUUCCCAAAAAUUUUGUGAUUCAUGCAUUCUCUCACGGUUACGCUACCUACGAUGGUGAGCUCCGUAUAUUUUUACUGCGCGACGGUGGAAACUGGCUCGAAGUACCUGCCAGUAUUAACUGGGAUGCCUUUGCUGCUAUCGACAAUUUCAUCAGUUCGUUUGACAUCAACGAACAACUGGCAGAUUCGAUCCGCAAGAGUCUGGUGGCAGACAUGUUGGGUAGCUACCGCCAUGCAAUCGUUCUGAAAGCUCCAAAGUUUACCAAACCGUUGCUCGAAAUGUGGGUCCGAUUUGUAGUGAUCGAUUUAAAGGCACACGCACCGCUGGUGCAGUAUUACUACACGACAAAGGUAGAAAUGGCGAACAUGCGUGAUUUUAAGUACACCGUGCGCACGCAAGACAAUGAUGAGUUCAUUCUGGGUUAUCAAUGGCACGGCGGUAAGUAUCAUCUACGGGUACGCAACUCAACCGGUCCGCACCGGGACGAAUUCAACAGGUACAGCAACGAAGUACAGCAAAGCCGAUCGACAAUGCACUACCGGGAGUGGGCCGAGCUUUGGAACAAAACGGUGACACUCAUCAAGCAAGAGUACGUUCGCAUCUACAAAAAGGUUAAGGAAUCCGUUGUGUUUGCCAUGGAUCUUUCGCAGUUCGGCAUGCUGACGAAUCAGGAAGGCGUGCUCGUCGCUGGUCACCAGAUAACCAAUGAUGGAUAUAGUUGGCCUAAGAAACGAAUCAGCGAUGAAACCCAGCGUUUGUACAAAGUAGACAAGCAACUGUCUGCUGCAUACAGGCUGGUGAAGCAGCACAAGUAUGACAACUUCAAGAUCGUUUCCAGUGCACACAAUACGACGGUCUUCGAUAUGGGAACCACCAGCCCGAAAGAGAUCCAACUCGUGCUACCGUACUACGCACAAGCACAACGUCCCGGAGGACGCUUGAAGGUGUUUUUCUUUGAUACCCAACAAACGGUCACUUUCGCAGUGAACGAAACGAUGCAUCGUGCCAGUAACCAGCUUGUCCUUAUCACAACGGCACGAGAACUAGCGACCCGCGGUAGAUCGUACAUGCUCUUCCGUUCGGUUAAAUACUUCAUCACCGGUAACGUUACUGUGCUCGAAAAGCAAACGCUCACGUCGCCGAACGAGCGGCCACUGAUAACAGAGUUCCAGUAUAAUGCGAAGGAUCUGCAGCUGGCGGCGAAUGGAUUUAUUUUCCAAAAAUUGCAAAUAGUGCCCGGUGGUAACAGGACCCGUUUCGGUUGGUACGAACAGAGCAUCGAUCUAGCGACAGGUGACACCAUACGGAAAGCGUUUGCUGCCGACGGUCGCGAAGUGAUCGACACGAAGUUACGCGAGCAGCACACAAAAGAACAGCAGUCAGAAACGGAGGACAGCGGGUCGAAAUUGCGCAACCACGAUCGGACGAUCAUGGAUAGGGGUUAUCGCCUGCAGGUGCUAGACUUGGGGCCGUACAGACUGGCAGAUGAAAUGGUUUCGUACUACGGUUUCGAGCAGUACGAGAACAAUCACUUUGGCUCGAAGACACGAUGGAUCUUUAACGAGUCCGUUGUACGCUUGGAGUCCGAGAAUCGGUAUCUGCGGCUGACGGGAAAAAAUCAAACCCUGACCGGCGUGUUUAUGCCUGCGGAACCUAAUACUACAUUUGUCGUAUCCUGCUGGAUACGGGUGCCGGCAGCCUCUUUGGCAUUGCAGGCAAAUGAAACUCGCGGCGUCCUAACGGUAAACGUUAGGAGGUUCGCCGAAAAUAUGGAAAACACUAAUGUAAUGACAUCAAGUGCGGCACAGAUUAAACAUAGCAUUGGGCGCUGGAACUACCUCGAAACAAUCGUCGACGCAUCACACUUCCCUCCGGCAACAAAACUCAACUUCCUCAUAGCCGUUGCACCAACUGACACUCUGGUGGUUAUCGAGGUCGAUCAUAUCCGAUUUUCUCCACUAUCCCUGCCGUUGGCGAUCAACAUUUACAAACACAUCACGGGCGAGGUACGGGCGGUGCUGAAUGGGAACGGUCUCCUGCGGUGCUGUUUCUACAAUCCACAAGGAAAAAAAUCGAUCAUGUUCUCGGAGCAAGGCGAAGUUCUGGAGUUUUCGAUGGAGUCGAAGAUUAUGUACACCCGCCAGUCACGCCGCAGGCCAUGCUCUGUGGAGAUGAAACCGCGUUACGGCAGCCUGGAUGAUUUUCAAAGGGAACCAUGGCACAUGGCCGGUCCCGGCUGGACUGUGGAAAAGGGGUUUGUUUCUUACACCGGAACCGAAGAAUCUACCAUAUCGAAAUCGUUCAAGAAAUCGUACAAAACUGUAGGAAUUCGUUUUCUGUACGAGUUAAAGAAACAAGAAGUGAGGCUGUCUUUCGAUUGGCGUGGUAAAAGGCUCCCAUUGUACUGUAUCAACAAUAAGCCGUUCAAUUGCCCAUUGCCUCCACUGCAUGGAGAGAUUCUAAUUGUCUUUACUGAAACAAGGGCAUCCAUUUGGCUGGAUGGUGUUUUGCUCCGUGAAACUGUUUUUACGAGCUCUGCCCCGAAUGAUCAUAUAUUUCAACUACACACCAACGGCUCGUUUGCGAUGGCUGAGUUUCUCGAGAUGUACGAGCCACGCACCAAAAUCACCUAUCACACCUUUUCCGGCCAUCCUGUGCAGCUAGUGGUGUACGAAGAUGCUGAUACGGUGCGUGUACGGGAGAUCUGGUACGAUCAAGUAGAACGACCAGUUAUGCAAACGAAAUGGACCAAAGUGCGGGUCGAACCCAAUGUAUCGCAUUUCUUUGGCUUCUACGAAAACUUUAUCGCCAAUAUGGACAAUAAAACGGAGAUAAUAAGCGGAAUUGUGGCAGACUUACAUCCCGCAUGCAAGGGGUUUCCGUACACGCGUACAAUUUAUGGAAAUGAUCCGACGGACAGCAAGCACCUGCAAGGCCUUCCCGGGAAAGAGUACGGAGUGGGUGGAAAGUAUAAGAGGCGAUACUCCAACAGGCCGCCGAGUGAGUGGUUAGACAACAUUUUCCCGACAACAGACGGGUAUUACCACAAGGUUGGCGAACAUCCGGGAGGCGCACUUCGUCUAACCGUGGAGGACAGCCUAGGGAAUAAGGUGGCCAAAUACUCGAAGGUUGGCAACUUCGAGGAUCGGUUAACUACCUACCGUUACAGCGCCGCAGCAAAGCUUCUUCAAGAACUGCCGCCAUUGUAUCAUUCAACAGCCCGAUCUUUGGCGGAACUCAGCACGCCAUACUUUUCACGAAAUUUUACAGAUCACCAAAAGGCGCUGCAAAAACUCUGGGAAGUGAAGUACGACUACGAUGAACAGCAGCGCAUGAUUCGCAAAAGAACUCCGGACGGUGGUAUCUUCAACUACCUCUACGACCGUCAUGGUGCACUGCGGUUCACUCUACAUAAGGACCAAAAUGAAACGCUCGACCGAGCAAUACACUUUUUGUACAGCUCCAAUGGAAAAGUAGCCCGAGAGGCUGUUGUAAAUCUUACGUACGACCAAUGCAAGCAAAUUGCAGAAAAUGGCACGGUACCGGAAUCGCGCAACUCGAUUGAAACGCUCUACGGGGAGCAGGAUAAGCUGCCGGCAACGCGCUACCGCUCGCAGCUUGCCACCAGAUACAUCGACGACGAUCAAAUGACGGAGUAUUUAAUCUUUGGUGAGCGGGAGUUGCUGUUGAAAAAGUUAUUCAUAGUGAAUACGAUCAACACGACGUACUCCAUCGAUUUCGAGUGGGAAAACGAUAUGCUGCGGUCGGUAAAGUAUCCGGUCAGUUUCGGUCAGGGGUCAAUGAAGUAUAUUUACGACUACAAUGGACAUGGCGAAGUUACUUCAAUCCGGAUGACGGCCAACAAAGAUCCUGUGUUUGAGUUUACGUACAACGCAGAUGGAAUGCUGGAGACGACGACCAUGCAACCAGGGACGGAACACUCCUUCCAGCGGAACUUCACCUACAAUGAGCCAGGUUUUCUGGUGCAAAUUGACGAUAAAUACCUUAGCGAGACGAUCAGCUACCUUGAAACGGACUCUUACGGCCAAGAUUCGUAUACACCAAUAUACGAGGGUCUGAUCUCGAGGACAUUUUUCACGGCACAUUGGCAACAAUCG